UUCCAUUCAGCGAAAUGUCUUACCGACUGCGAUUUGGCUACAGAAUGGUAUGAAAGAAAGAAUUAGGUUGAGCGGAGUGAGGUGGAUGAGGAGGAGGAGGCGACGUGGUUACAGUCUUGCGAGUGUUCAAGAUAUCUACCCCAUCGCAUCAUUCCAAACGCACACAGUCGCUGCAGACAACACAAGAGAGGAAAAAGAAAGCGCAACCAAGUAUUCACUUCCAAAUCUGCGAGCUAUUUAUCUAUGCUCCAUAUACCCCUCAAUUCGAAGCCUCACUCGUAGAAAAAAGCAAAGCAGACCUGUGUGUAUUCAAGACAUGAAGUCCCAAGGAUACUGUAUGUAUGAUUAGAAGACGGAGAAGAGAGAGGAAAAGAGAGAGGGGCAGGAAUCUUGAAAAGGUGGCGGACGCGGGAGGUGAGAUAUUGCUAUCUCUCAGGGUGGACAAGUAGGUAUUUCUAUGCGAUAGCGUACAGUCUUCAUCGUAGUAGUAGUUAGUAGUAGGCUUGAAGAGGGAGGGAGAGGGAAAUCUGGAAAAGGAGAUGGGUGGGUAGCAAAUUUGUAUGAGAAAUGGG